CGUUAUACAGUCUAUGGUUGACAAUAAAAACCGAUAAACUCUCUAGUGUCUCUAGUCGUGUGUUGAGGUAUCUUAGGCAUGUAUAUAUAACGCUUUAUAUGUUCCCCUCGUGGUCACAGCGGUGAGAUGGCGGAGACUUCGGACAGAAUGGAAGUGUCUCAGGGGAAUAACCUGGAAAAGCCUACGGCAGAGGACAUGACGUCAAAGGACUAUUACUUUGACUCUUAUGCUCACUUUGGCAUCCAUGAGGAGAUGCUGAAAGAUGAAAUCCGCACUCUAACUUAUCGCAACUCCAUGAUCCAUAACAAGCACUUGUUCAAGGACAAGGUGGUGCUGGAUGUGGGUAGUGGCACCGGCAUCCUCUGCAUGUUUGCUGCCAAGGCUGGGGCCAAGAAAGUCAUUGGAAUUGAGUGCAGCAGUAUAUUGGACUAUGCUGUCAAGAUUGUCAAGGCCAACAAGCUGGACCACAUUGUGACCAUAGUGAAGGGGAAAGUGGAGGAGGUGGAGCUGCCUGUUGAGAAGGUGGACAUCAUCAUCUCCGAGUGGAUGGGUUACUGUCUCUUUUACGAAUCCAUGCUCAACACGGUCAUCUAUGCCCGAGACAAAUGGCUGAAACCAGAUGGAUUGAUAUUCCCGGACAGAGCCACUCUUUAUGUCACCGCUAUUGAGGACAGGCAGUACAAGGACUACAAAAUACACUGGUGGGAGAAUGUGCAUGGGUUUGACAUGUCUUGCAUUAAGGAGGUUGCUAUCAAGGAACCGCUGGUAGAUGUGGUGGAACCCAAGCAGCUGGUCAGCAGUGCCUGCCUCGUGAAGGAGGUGGAUAUGUACAAUGUGAAGCUAGAGGAUCUGUCCUUCUCCUCCCCAUUUUGUCUGCAAGUUAAGAGGAAUGACUACAUUCAUGCGUUAGUCACUUACUUCAACAUUGAGUUCACCUGCUGCCACAAGAGGACUGGAUUUUCAACCAGCCCAGAGUCCCCCUACACUCACUGGAAGCAGACUGUGUUCUAUCUGGAUGAUUAUCUGACGGUGAAGACAGGGGAGGAGAUAUUCGGCACACUGAGUAUGAAGCCCAAUGCCAAGAACAACCGUGACCUGGACUUCACUGUUGACAUUGACUUCAAGGGACAGCUGUGUGAGGUCACCAAAACCUCUGAAUACAAGAUGCGUUAGAGGGGGGGCAAGUAAUAGCCAAGGGCUGUGCAGGUGUGUGCCUAAUGUGACGACGACUCCUGAUUUUAACUACUGUAUGUUCUUUUGCUUUUGUGUAAUAAUUCUCGUUGUUCAGAGGUUGAAAUGUUUCUGUAAAUUGGUCUUCUGCAACCACAAGAUAUUGUGCAUUAGUCAUAUAGAAUGUACUGUACAAAGUUGUAACAUUUUUAAUAUCUACACUACCAUUUGAACACUGCAUCUAUGCCAUACACAUUGCAGCUUUCUCAAAAUCUAGACAGUGAGUGCACACCCUAUCCCCUUGACCUUCCAUAUACGGUAUUACUGAUAAAAUAGUUAAUUCACAGGAAUGGAAUUCUGGCAAUGCCACCCCCACUUUUUUAAUUGUAUUUUUUUGUGGAGCAAUAUCUUUGAGUUGUUUGUUUUUUUAUUUUAUUUUAUUGUAGGCUACACAAUGGUAAUAAGGACCCCAGUGAGAAGUAGAAGAGGAACUUUAAGAAUGCAUGGGCCCGGUCUUGUGUACAGUGUAAUCUUUGGGUAGUUCCACGGUGUAUAUCAAAUGCAUAGGGUGUCAAUUCUGGGGUGGGCAUUGGGGGCUGAAGUGGGGGGGGGGGGGAAACCAAAAUAACUGCCCUUCGUACACGGAGGAUUUUGGUCGUGGAAGGAGUGGAUUGGAUAUUGGAGAAUGAUGUUUUAUAUUUUGCUGAUUUUUGAUGAAAUAAAAUUUUUGAAGUGGCUGUG